UGAUUUACUGCCCUAAUAACCACAAGAUAUUAAAAUCGUUGUCGUAUGUCAACAACUGAGACGUUAGCGGUGGGAUGGCGAGCGAGUCCACGGUGGCGUAUACGUAAUAUUUACAUCCCAUUAACAAAUGUUUAUUUUUUUAGUUUUGCUUAGUUUCGCAUCGCCAAAACCAAAAGUAAAAGCUAACCCAUCCCGAAAAAAAGCUUCAAAUUCACACAAAACUCAAGUUCAAGGCAUUAUUUUCUAUGUCUAACUAAAAAUUUAUAGUUUGGAAUGCAUUAAAUCACCCAUAGCAAAAGCCAAAAUCCAAAGCUAACUCGACGACUCCACGCAUUUGGCAUAAAUUCUGCGUGAGGUUUAAGAACUUUUAUCUAUCAACAAAGCAAGCAACAACUUAAAAAAAAGUAGAUACGUUGGUUGUUUCGGUCGUUCGUAGUCGUGUAGUAGUGGUUUGAGAGAAAUAAACAACAACGAGAACGACGACGACAAAUAAAAAAACCAAGGCAUUACGAGAAAAAAAAAGCUCUACAACUGUGAGCUGUGUGACAUCAAUGAACAACUUUACUUUUCAACCAGUUGCAAUCGAAUGUUGUCCAAAAAGCAGGUCACUCAGAAUAGUGGCUUUAAAGAUUUUCUAAUAUUUUCUCAAGAAUCUAACGAACUAUUCUAACCUAAAGUUAGACCGAUUUUGAUCCCUUUUUGAUUGCAAAAUACCCUUUAAGUAUUUUUAUGGGAUAAAGUCUAUCUGGAAUGUACAACUCCAGAUGUUCGCACCUCUCUGUACGAUUCAAGUUUUAUAGACGUUGUUUUCUGUGGUAUCAUCUGUGAACUAGCUGCUAGCAAGCUAGCUAGCCCCAACCAGCUGCGUUCGUUGGGUUAAGUUAGUUCCUUUGGCGGACAAGCUAUUUCGUUCUCGUGUGUGUCAGUAGAUUUGUGCGUUUGCGUUGACGUAGUAGCACGUCGUUUUCGCUUCAAAACAAAGUUGAUUUUUUUAAUAAUUCUGCCAGUUCUCAAUCUUAACCCUGUUCUGUUUCGUUUGCGCCACUUUUACUUUCAUUUGUUUUGCCUCUUUUUUCAAGUAACCUAACCCAACCAUCAUUAAAAACAUUGUUUCCAACAUAAUUUUGGUUUGUUUACCAAAAGAGUGUUCAUAUUGGAACAGAGAACAGGUGUAUAAUUCACAAUGAGUGAGAAUCAGUGCCAGAAAAUUUGCGUAAAUAGGUCAACGCCAUCAUCGGCAGUAGUGACUACAGAACAGUGUACUACUGCAUCCGUGUCACAGCAAGUGGAGCAGCAACAACAAUCUUCCUCCGGAGAGGGAAUAGCUGCUCCUGCUUUUGAGAUUGAGGAGAAACUCAAUGAAUUGUAUGAGAAGCGUUUGGCUGAAAUUAAUGAACAAGCAAAUGGCGAUGCAUUGUUAAAAGAAAUAACAUACAAAGAAUGGAUCACCAUGCUUCGUCAAAUCAAUACAACACUCAUAACAAAUAUACAAGAAAUCGAUUGUGAAACAACAAAACGCUUAGCAUUGCUGCAAAGGAAAUCGAGUAGCAAUUGCCGUCAUGAUCAGGCCAUAGAAAUGUGCAAAUAUCGAAAUGACAUACAAAAUCUUAUCCAUUUAAUUCGUAAUGCAAGACAUAAUGAUGAUUGGAGCACUGAUGGACUUAAAUUUGAAACAAUUUCCGAACAUGAUAUUUUUGGGGAACCAUUAUGUUGUCAACCAAUGAUUAAAAGAGAAUCUGAUGUCAACAAGCAAUCCAGUUCUAUUGAAGCAAAAGCAUGUGCUGUCCAAAAGUCAAAGCUUAUGACCCACUUAAAAGCUUUAGCUUUUGAGAUAGCCGAAAGACACGAUGAAAUGCGUGAUUUAAAACGGCAAAUUAUAUCUCUGGAAGAUGACAUUUUAAAUGCCCAAAAGAAGAUACAAUUGAAAGAUGACGUCAUACGGGAAUUACGUAACGAUCUAAAAACAUUCCCAAAGUCAGCUGCCACUUGGGGACGAAGAGUCUCAGAACGUCUUUCUCCAAUCGAUUGCUUCCCAUUAUUGAUGAUGUCAGAAGCCAAAAUUUCCGAAACGUCCGAGUUAGAUUUUCCACAUACUCCAAGAGCUGAUUCUUACAAAAAUAGAGAUUCGAUAAAUUCAUUAAACUUUUCUGAAUUCAGUUUGCCAUUUCAAGAUGAAGAUGAUGAGGAAAUUCUUAUAAAAAAACUCAAAGAUGAAUUAACACAGCUUUUUGAAAUUCAAGAAAGUUAUGACCAGAGUUUAGGCAAUCAAAAACGUGAACUUAAAGAUCUUCAGCCACGAAUAAAUAAAAUGGUGGAUGAAUUGGUAAAAACUAAUCAUGAUCAACAAAUUAAAUUGAGAUUUUAUCGACGUGAAUUAUUAAACUUGGAAAAUCCAGAAUCCUGUAGCAGAACUAUUGCCGAUGAAGACUCGGGGAUCAGUUCGGACGUUGACUCAGAUGCAAAAAUUGUAAAUGCAGUACGCAAUCGUGUUUGUUGUUUGGUUGAUGACAAUCGGCGUUUACAAAAACAAGAACAGAGCUUACAGAUUGAAAAUGAAGGUCUAAUCAGCCAAGUGAAAGCAAAAUCAAUACUUUUAGAUAAAACGUCAAAAGCACUGCGAGAAGUUGCGGAUACAAUUUCAAUUGCGAUAUGUAAACCUAUUCAUUAUGAGGAAAUUUUCGAACAAAAUUCAAAUAUGUUAACGAAUCCUAUUGUAGAUGCUUUUGGUGAAUUACUUGAUACACUGACAGAACGAGAUAAACUUAUUGGAGAUUUACGUGCAAAAAUCGACAGCACCGUUAAAUCAAAUCGAGAACUACAAGCUAAUAGUGACCAUCUGCAAGAUCAACUCUGUGAACUUAAAAAUUCGAUUAAAACUAUACAUGAUCAUGAUCAGUAUAAAAGUCGGGGGAAACUUUUUCAAAAUCAAGAAUUUUCAAGAAAUUUGUUUGAAAAGAAUGAAGAACUGAAAAACCUUGUGUGUUGUCUUGAGCGAAAAAUUUGCUUUCUGCAAAACAAAUUUGAUGAACUUCAACAAAAACCUUGUGAACGCUGCCAUGAUAGUGUACGAUUGGAAAAUCGACAGCAAAGUCGAGGACAAUCACUAAAUCGGACUAGUUCAGAUGAAAAACUUCAAAAGCUUGAGUCUGAGCUACGAUGGAAAUGUAAAGCUGUAGAAAAUCUUAAAUCAGAGAAUGAGGAACUACAGCGAGAGUUGACGGAUAUUCGAAGAAACCGGGCCAAAACAAAACUUCAACAAAGACGUGACCCAACUCCUGAUAGAAAACCAAAUCAACAAGAACUUUUGUCAAAACUCAAUGCUGCCCAAGAAAAGAACAUCGAACAGAGUAAAGCACUUCAAAAAGCUUCAAAACAAAUUUCUUGUUUGCAGCAUGAAAUCGAAGAAUUACAUUCAAAUGAAGAAGUUCAUAAAAAAGAGAGAGAUUUACUACAUUCCGAACUUACUGCACUUAAAGAAUGCCAAGCUUCACAAAUAGGAACUCAGCAAAGUCUUAAAGAACAACUUCAACGUACAACCAGCGAGCUCUAUGGUGCUAGGGAAAAACUAUCAGAAUGCAAUCUGGAGAAAAAUCGACUUGAAAAUAUUCAUCGAGAUGAAACAAAACGAUUGCAAGAAAAUUUAUAUGAAGCAGUCGAAAAGUACAAUCAUCUUGUUGAGGAUUUUAAUAAAGUUGUUCAUGAAUAUCAAAAACUUGUAGAAAUCAACGAAGAGAAGGAUAAAAUCAUAUCUGCGUGUGAUGCUUGGAAAAAGAGUCAAAUACAAAUUGAUACCGAAAUGCAGAAAAAAACACAGCUUUUUGAAAAACACAUCAAAGAAAUGCUGGAAGACAAACAAAUGCUUUUAGAUCGACUAAAUGAAACAGAAAAUGACAAUCUCAUUUUGAAACAAACUUUAGAAAAUUCAAGAUUUUACUUAUCAGGCAAUCAGUCAAGUAUUGCCAGUGGAUCAUUGAGAGGAUAUAAGACUUCAGUAGCCAAUUCUACACAAGUGGAUCCGGUAAGGUUUCAAAAGUGAUUGAAAAUGUUCGACAUACAUCGCGGAAAUUAUCACAUCAAAGAUCUAUUUUAGAAGAUGAAGCUAUGAAUGUAUCUAAUCAAUGAAAAGACAAUUUUGACAAAAUCGCGAUAAGAGUAUAGAAGUUAGAUUAGAAUAAUUGAUACUUAUAUUAUUAUUAAUUUUUUUAUUAUUAUUUGAAUAAAAUAUUUCUAAUAAUCCCUUACCGUUUUUGGUGGGACAUGAA